AUGAGUUCUGCCCAACCUGUGAGCUUCACCAACGAUGAUAGCAACAUCGCAAUACAAGCUGGACAAUUCAUUGCCCAUGGACCUACAAAUGUGGUUCAACAAACACAAGACGCACUCAGCCAACUGCCCCGCGCUGCGGACGCAUCCUUCAACUCGUUGGCAAAGCAACACGAGCCUACCUGUCUCGAAAAUACACGCACCGACCUCCUGGAAAGAAUACACAGUUGGGUAGAAGGUCUGAAUGAGCGUCAUAUCUUUUGGCUGUGCGGUCUAGCGGGCACAGGAAAGUCCACGUUAGCACGAACUGUCGCGCGUCACUACCACGACCAGCAGCGUCUUGCGGCGAGCUUCUUCUUCUCACGCGGCGGCGGAGAUACUGGCCACGCACGCCAGUUUGUUACGACUAUCGCGGUGCAGCUUGCAGAAAACGUACCAGCAUUAAAGCAAUAUGUCUCUCGUGCAGUUCUCCAGCAAAGAGAUAUUGCUAACCAAGCUCUCCGGGAUCAGUGGCGUGGCCUUGUCCACGAUCCGCUCUCAAAGCUUCACGACAAGCCAACCACAUUCGUUCUAGUAGUCGUUGAAGCGCUCGACGAGUGCAACGAUCGCCAAGAUAUCCUGGUCAUUAUUCAGCUGCUGGCGAGUGCUCAAUCGUACCCAGGGGUCCGGCUGCGAUUUUUGCUCACAAGUAGGCCAGAGGGUGCGAUUCAGCAGGAGUUCUCCAAGCUAUCAGUAGAACGCCACAGGAUAUUGCCAGCAGAUGACGGCGACGACGUAGGCCUUUUUCUAAAGGAAACACUCGGCGAAAUUGCUCAGAACAGUCGUCAACCGACAGGCUGGCCAGGUGAGAAUACUAUCGAGCAACUAUGCCAGCGCGCAAGUGGCCUGUUCAUCUGGGCGGCAACUGUGUGCCGCUACAUCAGUAGAGAUGAAAAGAGAGGCUUUGUUCAGAGUCGACUGGAAACCAUUCUUCAGAACAGCAGUCCUGAUUCUGGUCCAGAGAGACAGCUUGAUCAGAUUUACAACACUGUCCUCGAUUCAUCGGUCUCGAAAGUCGAUGAGAUAUACAAAGAUGAUUUUCGGUCUCAGCUAAGACACGUUCUUGGAACUAUAGUGGUCUUGGUUUCUCCGCUUUCUGUGUCAUCCCUCGGCCAAUUGUUUGGAUCGGGAAACGUGGUUCCGGAAGACGAGCUUGAUGGUGUCCUCGAGGAUCUCCAUGCCAUCCUCGAUAUUCCCAGCGACAGAAGGCUACCACUCCGCUUACACCACCCGUCGUUCCGGGAUUUCCUGCUCCACGAAUCCCGAUGUCGUGAGGGGUUCAGGGUAGAGGAGAAGUCAGCCAAUUCUCUACUGUGGAAAAGCUGUAUACAACUGAUGUCGAACUCUCUCAAGCUCAAUAUCUGCGAGGUCAAAAGACAUGGCACAUUAGUGGCGGAGGUGGACAUUAAGAAAAUAGAGCAGCACCUUCCCCUCGAGUUGCAAUAUGCAUGCAGCUAUUGGAUACAGCAUCUUGCGAAGAGCGGUGACCAGCUUAGCGACCACGACCAGGUGCAUAAAUUCAUCCAAGAGCAUUGCCUGCACUGGCUAGAGGUGUUGGGAUGGAUAGGGAAGGUACCUGAGGGCGUUCACAGCAUUAUUUCCUUAGAAUCGAUGAUCGUGACAAGCAACUGUCCCCAGCUAUACGCAGUCGUACACGACAUGAAGCGGUUUGCGCUGUACAAUCGGUCAGCAAUUGAACAAGCUCCACUGCAGGUGUAUUGCAGUGGGCUGGUGUUUGCACCAAAUAGCAGCAUAAUAAAAUGCCAAUUCGAAGACAAGAUGCCAAGAUGGAUCACGAGGCGGCCUCACGUGGACAGCAACUGGAGUGCGCUACUACAAACGCUCGAGGGUCAUUCUAGAGGAAUCAACGUGGUGGCCUUCUCACCAAACGGUGAGGUUCUAGCUUCAGGAUCAGAUGAUGCAACAAUCAAGCUAUGGGAUGUAGGAACAGGUGCGGCGCUGCAGACACUUAAGGGACACUCAUCCAAAACCAGUAGGUUAGCCUUCACGCCAUGCGACAGCGAAGUGCUAGCGUCAGCGUCAGACGAUAAAACGGUCAAGCUAUGGAAUGUAGGAACAGGUGAAUUGAUAUGGAACGUAGGCACAGAUGAAUUGCAGCCGCCGUUCUCCAGCUUGUCAGGCUGGGCUAGUGCAUUAACCUUCUCAUCGGAUCAUAAGGUGCUGGCUUUGGUGCUACAACAUACAACAGUGGAGCUAUGGGACAUGCAGUCAAAAGAGAGGCAACAAGUGCGAGACUACGGUCAAAAGAGGGUCCACGACGUGGUCUUCUCGCGCGAUGGCACGGCGUUAGCAUUGGUAUCUGAUUUUGGAACGUUCAGGCUAAUGGACGUAGACAAGAAUGUGGAGGUAUACGCAGUCGAGAGCGAAGGCGAAGGAAGAGUGGCCGUCUCGUCUCAUGGCGAAAUCAUGGCGUCGGUAUUAAAGAGGGAGAAUCUCAAAUUACGGCAUAUGAAUACAGACACGCCAAUCAGGAUAUGGAAAGACCGUUCAAUCAUCAGUGUAUCCAAAGGUCAUUCACAUGAAAUCAGACUGGUAGCUUUAUCGCCGAACGGCACGCUGUUAGCGUCGGUAUCAAGGGAUGAGACGGUCAAGUUGUGGGAUACAGGAACGGGUAAAUUGGUGCAGACAUUCAAGGGCUAUUCAUUCUUCAACAACGCAAUGGCCUUCGCACCCGACAACAAGGCGCUAGGAUUCAUAUCCACCAAUGCAGUCAAGCUGUGGAAGUUAGACACGGGUGCAGUGGUGCAUACGCUUAAAGGUCAUUCAGGCCAUGUCCGUACUGUAGCCUUCUCGCCGAACAGCAACGUGUUAGCAUCAGGGUCAGAUGAUAACACAAUCAAAAUAUGGGAAGCUAGCACGGAAGGAUUGCCUAAAGCAUUACAAGGACGUUCACGCGGGGUCAAAGAAAUGGUCUUCUCGCCAGACGGUAAAAUGCUGGCAUCAGUAACAGGCGAUAGGAUAGGAAGGGACUGGAUGGUCAAAUUGUGGAACACAGAAACUGGCCAAGUAUCUCACACUCUCAACGGACAUUCAGAUGGUGUUCACGCGGUGGCCUUCUCGUACGACUCAAAGCGACUGGCUUCGGCGUCCCACGAUCUUACUAUCAAGAUCUGGAAUACCAGUAGCGGUACAUGCCUGCAGACGCUUGUUGGCCAUGAGCGCUAUAUCUCCUCGGUAGCUUUCUCCUACCUCUCGACACGAUUGGUCUCAGCCUCCGGUGACUAUACCGUUAAGAUCUGGGAUGUGAGAAGCGGUUCGUGCCAGAAGACACUUAUCGGCCAUUGGGAUUGGGUUAGGACAGCGGUAUUUUCGCCAAACAACGAUAUGCUAGCGUCGGCAUCAGAUGACGGGACUGUGAUACUAUGGAAUGUGUACACAGGUGAAAUUAUAUACAGGUUCAGGGGCCAUUCACAACAUAUUUGGGCAAUAGCCUUUUCGCCAAACGGGAAGAUGCUGGCAUCAACAUCGCGAGACAAGACAGUCAGGUUGUGGGAUUUGGACACGAGACAAUUAGUAUGGGAACUCCAGGGCCAUUCUGAUGAUGUUGUUGCGGUUACCUUUUCACCAAACGGUACGGUUCUAGCAUCGGCAUCGGAAGACAAGAUCGUCAAGCUAUGGGAUGUUCACCAAGGAAAGCUGUGGAAAAAUUAUCCCGUGGAAGUUGAUGUUACUACGCUCUCUUUUUCUCAAGACGCCGACUUCCUAUACACCAAUCGCGGACUCAUCUCCACAGGCCUUUCUAUUCCAUUCUUUCCACCUCAAACACCACUGCCUGACAUCUUUGUUGGAGAGCAAUGGAUAUACUAUCAGGGCUCGAGAAGACUAUGGCUUCCUCCUGAGUACAGAGCAACUUACGUGGCUGUACACGGCAGGACCGUAGCGCUGGGUCACACCUCUGGUCGAGUAUCUCUACUGGAGAUUGCUUUCUAACAUACCUUUUCCCAUUUUUGUACUUCUUUACCUCUCUUGCAUAUUUU